GAGAGAGAGAGAGAGAGAGACCCAACCAUAAGGAGAAAGGGGGAAAUGAGAUGACAACAGAAUGCAGGCUGUGAUACAUAAAAGAGCAUGAUGUAUUGAGUCAAAGGAAAAGGAGAAAUAAAUCUGGAUUUCUCACCGGCAAGGGAGCAAGAAUAAAAGCAUCAGUAUCGCUAAACCACUUAAGGACGUGGAUUAAAAAAGAGAGAGGGAAAGGGAAAGGAGAGGAGGAAAAUAAUCAGAUCACUUGUUUAUUUUCAUGGUCCGUGUGCGCACUUGCUGUCGGUGAGAGUGUGCAUAUGUGUGUGCGCAUAUGGGAAGAGACUGCAUUGCUGUUCACUAGCAGAGGCAUCAGGAGAGAACCAAGCUGAAUCCCUCUUUUCUUUCUCUCUCUCUAUUUCUGUGUUGCACUGUGUGGCAGGAGCAUGUUGGGUGGGUUGAGUACAAACGACAAGCUGAGCUAGCCAAAAGAGAUGGACCUGUAACGCUGUAAAUGCUGUUGGAUCUGGCCAGUGGCUGUGUGGGAUCCCAGGUUUCUAGGUGGAGCCUGGUGGUCUUCAGCUGCUAGGGAGAGUUAAAGCUAAAAGCCCCAGAGAGGAGGAGUCACAAGUAUCUGGGAGUGUGCCGGCAGUGGGGCCCUGCGUGGAGGGAGGGGGCCUGAACCUAAACCCCAAAGAAAAGGAGUUUGCUGCGUUUGUGUUGGCAGGGAGGACGCAUGGCUGGCGUGGGCCUUCCCCCUUCUGUGAGCUGCAGCUGUAGGAGAUUGGACCGGGAGUGAAAGUGAACCAAACCUCCAGGAUAAUGGUUUGAAGAGGUUCCCACUGCUCCUCCCUGGCCUGACAGGAGGGACCCUACACUCUGGGGGUCUAUUUUGCUUUUUCCUCUUUUUAUUUUUCUCUUUAAGUCAACCCGGGGGAUUUGUUUGGGUGUCUUCCCCCCCCCCCACACCUCAUCAUCAUCACUAACCCCACCUCCAUCUCUGUUUUUAGUUUGUUUUCUUUUUUUGAGAUUUGGGGGAUUUGCCAAAACCUAUUUCAUGCAUGUCCACUGGGGGCAGGUUCAACUUUGAUGAUGGGGGGUCAUACUGUGGGGGGUGGGAGGAAGGCAAAGCCCACGGCCAUGGCAUCUGUACUGGGCCGAAGGGCCAAGGCGAGUACUCAGGGUCCUGGAGCCAUGGCUUUGAGGUGGUGGGGGUGUACACAUGGCCCAGUGGGAACACCUACCAGGGCACCUGGGCGCAGGGCAAGCGCCAUGGGAUUGGAAUGGAGAACAAGGGCAAGUGGGUGUAUAAGGGGGAGUGGACAAGUGGAUUUAAGGGACGCUACGGCCUCAGGGAGAGCACCGGCACCAGCGGGAAGUACGAGGGGACCUGGAACAACGGUCUUCAGGACGGAUACGGCACUGAGACCUACUCUGAUGGAGGUACGUACCAAGGCCAGUGGGUGGGGGGGAUGCGGCAUGGAUACGGCAUGCGGCAGAGUGUGCCAUACGGCAUGGCAGCCGUCAUCCGCUCUCCGCUGCGUACCUCCAUAAACUCCUUGCGCUCGGAGCACAGUAACGGGACGGCUCUGCUCGCGGACCGGGCCGGCGUGGGGAGUGUGGGCGGGACAGGCUCCACCAGCAGUCCGGCAGUGUCGCGGGGGGGCUUCGUGCUGACGGCUCACAGCGAGGCAGAGCUGCUGAAGGGCAAGAAAAAGGGUCUGUUCCGAGGUCGCUCCAUCCUCAGCGGACUCAAACUGAGGAAGUCAGAGUCCAAGAGCUCCCUGGCCAGCCAGCGCUCCAAGCAGAGCUCGUUCCGCAGUGAGGCGGGCAUGAGCACGGUCAGCUCGGUCAACUCUGACAUCAACUCCACCAUCAGCCUGGGAGAGGGCGAAGCCGAGCUGGCCGUCGCCGAGGACGACGUGGACGCCACAGCAACGGAGACCUACUGCGGCGAGUGGAAGAACGACAAGCGCACAGGCUGUGGGGUGAGCCGGCGCUCGGACGGCCUGCACUAUGAGGGGGAGUGGGUGGGAAACAAGCGGCACGGGUACGGCUGCACCACCUUCCCUGACGGGACCAAGGAGGAGGGCAAGUACAAGCAGAACGUCCUGGUGAGCGGCAAAAGGAAGAACCUAAUCCCCCUCCGAGCCAGUAAGAUCAGAGAGAAGGUGGACCGGGCUGUGGACACGGCUGAAAAGGCUGCGGACAUCGCCAAUCAGAAGGCUGAGAUCGCCAUGUCCAGGACGGCCCAUGCACGGGGGAAGGCGGAGGCGGCCAUGGGAGCCAGCCAGAAGGCCCAGGAGGAGUGUCGCCUCGCCAGGGUCACCGCCAAAGGGUUCUCCCCCUCCUUCCAGCACCGCGAAAACGGAGUAGAGGUCCAAAGGCCAAAGCAUCAGAACUCCAGUGAGAACGACAUUGAGGUGAUCUCCAGUGGCACGGGGCCAGACAGUCCUGAACUCUACAUAAAGGGCACCACACCCCCCAACCUGACCCCUGACCUUAGUCCUGAGGCCAGACACCCCUCCUCUCCACCCUGCAGCCCCACCACCUCCAAGCCAUACCGCACCAAAAACGCACGCUUCCUGCGGCAGAGUGCUGUGGACGACGCUGGGGGUGGUGGCGGUGGGGGCGGUGGGGGUGGGAGAGGGGGCAGUGGUGGCCAGGAGAUCCAGGUGCUGAUGGAGGGCCGUGGAGGAGGGGAGUACCUAAGGGCCAACAGCUGGAGCGAGGACAAACGCUCUUCUAAAGAGGGCAGCAGGGGGGGCAGCAGGGGCAGCAGUCGCUCCACCACCCCCUCUGUCCAGGACGAUGCCAGGGGCCGCACCAACGGCCACGGCCAUAAGCACGCCUCCUCCAAUCACAAGUCUCGAGAGCAUGGCUCGUCCAAUCACAAGGCCUCCAGGGACCGAUGGUCAGAUUGCCCGUCGGCAUCGUGGAGGUCCCAGCGGACGCACAGCGGUGACACGCGGUUGCUAGAGCAGGAUGAGGAGAAGCUGAGCAACUACGAGAUGGAGAUGAGGCCGCUGCAGCCCAUGGACUCCAACUCCCAGAAGCCCUAUGGGUUGGGAGAGGAGCACCAUGGUCACAGUGGCGAGGCCCGCUCCCACACGCUGCAGAGACAGCGGCCUUCUAAGACCCGGGAGGCCAGGGAGGGCAGGGAAAGGGAGGCAGCACGGCCAUCAGGAGCGCGGGAGGGCAAAGAGAGAAAGGAGGGACCGGCCCCAGACUCAAUGCAAAAGCUGGACAGUCUGAGCAAGGGGGACAAGUUGGAGGCUCGGCCUCUGCGCAGGGAUCUCACCCUCUCCCCCCCACAGAAAUCCUCACCCAUUGCACUAGAACACGACGACGACAAGAAACUAACCCAGCUCAAAGCAAACUCGGGCUCCAGCUCAAUUCUGGUCAUCAUGGUGAUUUUGCUCAACAUUGGAGUUGCAAUUUUGUUUAUUCACUUUUUUAUUUAAAAAUGGAUUGCCUGUUAAUUCCUAUUAUUAUCUAUGCUAUUAUUAUAACAUAUUAUGAGUAUUAUCAUGACUAUACAGCCCUUGGGCAUUUGACACUAUGUAAAGAGUACAGUAAGAGGAUUAACAAUAUGGGGAUAAAGCUGGUUCCCAAUGCCCAGAUGAAAGAUAAGCAGUGAUCUGCAAAAAAAACAAAAAAAACAAAUGUAAUUCUUUCUCUCCCUGACAUUACCUGUUUUUCAUCUUAAAUCAAUGUUUAAAAAAGGUUUGUAACUUAUAAUUUAACUUAUUAAUUUGCUCACGUAUGAUAUAUUCAUUUAAAUUAUUUUUUAUUCCUUACUUGCCUUUUCUCUGUUAAUAUUGCUGAUGUUCUUUUGGUUUAGUUUGUUUGGAAUGGUAGACUCUGAUGAGCACUUCUUGUAUAAUGGUGUAGCGGGUCGAAUGAGACAGGAUAUAAUGUAUCUAGUCUGGUUAUGGCUGUGUCCACCUGACCUGGGUUCAAAAACUAUUUGACAUAAUUUAAAAUUCUUUAGCUGUGCUUGAUUGAGCUUGCCUGUUGCACUGGAAACAAGUGCAAACCCCUGCCUACCUGGUGGUUGAGGCAGGCUAAAGCAAAUGCUGAAAGUAUUUUAAAGAUUUCAAGUAGUAUUUGAACCCAGGUGUGUUGUCCACCCAGGUAAUACAAUGUUAAAGGGAUGGGAAAUGGACCCCUGUCCUACCCACUGCCCUCCAAACCCUCCACCUUCUCUCCCUCCUGACACUUUGUUCCUCUUCCCAAUUAUUAAUUCAGUCUCUCAUCCCCCCUUCCUCCCCUUCCCGGUAGUCCCCUCAUGACAUCACGCCGUAUCCUGUUACCCCCUUUAUUUGUUUCAUGUAACUCUCCUUUUAUUUAAUACACCACGCUCCCCUAUUCCUACAACCAACCAUCUUAACCAAGACUUCCCCAAAUAGACCAGAGAAUGUCCAUGGCAAGCAGGUGUUUCAUGUAACCCUCCUUUUAUUUAAUAUACCACGCUCCCCUAUUCCUACAACCAGCCAUCUUAACCAAGACUUCCCCAAAUAGACCAGAGAAUGUCCAUGGCAAGCAGGUGUUUCAUGUAACUCUCCUUUUAUUUAAUACACCACGCUCCCCUAUUCCUACAACCAGCCAUCUUAACCAAGACUUCCCCAAAUAGACCAGAGAAUGUCCAUGGCAAGCAGGUGUUUCAUGUAACUCUCCUUUUAUUUAAUACACCACGCUCCCCUAUUCCUACAACCAGCCAUCUUAACCAAGACUUCCCCAAAUAGACCAGAGAAUGUCCAUGGCAAGCAGGUGUUUCAUGUAACUCUCCUUUUAUUUAAUACACCACGCUCCCCUAUUCUUACAACCAGCCAUCUUAACCAAGACUUCCCCAAAUAGACCAGAGAAUGUCCAUGGCAAGCAGGUGUUUCAUGAAAAAUGAAACAACAUAUAUAUAGUUAUGAUUAAAUAAAAUAGGGCUACAAAAACACUUUUGCAACUACAGAUCCUAGUUAGCAACAGGACAUGUUUACAAUCUGAAAAACCGGGAUGACCAACACAAAAUUGCCUCUAACAACUAUAGCACCAUAAAACCUAUCUAUGUUAGAAAACCUGUUGCAAAUUUAGCAACUUGGGUUACCAAGAUUGAGCCAUGUGCAAAGAACUACUGUGUAUCAACUCUAAUGUGUCUGUAACUGGAGUAGGAAUAGUUUUGUCUGAAAGGGCUUCUAAUGUGAAAGAUUCUCUUUAUAGUCAACAUACAACAAAAUGAACAAAUUAUCUAAAGGAAAGAACUCUUAAACACACACACACACACACAUUGUACAAUACCAUGUACACAACAGGUACAAUACUCCCACACAUACAGUGGUAUGUGAAUGAUAAGCUAUAUUCAUAUAAAAUAUUGACAUUCCAAAAAACUUUCUCAAUGUCUCUCUGGCCUUUAACGCACAGGUUGAACUUUAUAUGAGGACUAGCGAAUAACAUUCUGUCAGUUCUCAUCUAUCUGCUCCUCUGUCCCCUACAGAGCCAUUCUCUCUCUCUCUCUCUCUCUCUACAGUAUCAUGUCUAAAGGUUUCUACCCAAACCUCACCCCACACACCUGGUCUGGUCUGGAGGCACUGGCUGGCCGUACUGUAAGAGGCCUAGUGCAAGUUCAGAGACUGUUAUGUUUAAAACUGCUGCUUUCAAAACAAAUGAUUUACCAAGACAGAAAAAAAGUCAUAUUUUUGAGCUAUUUGCAAGACUUCUGAAAAAACGCCUACUGCCUUGUUUUAUAAAGUUGAAAAAAAUAUCUAAAAUGCAUGCUCAUGUAUGUUUUAGUUUUGUAUAGAUAAAUCUUUUUGGGGAAAAAUAUAAAUGUCUCCUCUAGCCCUCUACUGCUAAUAUUCCAUCCUAUUUUUGGGGGAAGAUUUAGGCUUUUCUCCCCCUCCCCCAGAUUUCAUUGUUGCUAAAACACCAAGGAAAAUCUGAUAUAUUUAGAACAUUUAUUAAGAGGAACAUACUAGGCAAAAAACACUUUUUUCAUAAGGAAAUACAAGUUGGGGUAUAAACUAGUAUUACACUGCCUCUCAAACCUGAUUCUUCCUCGCUGUCACUGUCCUCCAGCUCACUGUCCUCCAGCUCACUGUCCUCCAGCUCACUGUCCUCACUAUCAAAGGGUGAUCCUAACUGCUCCAUUAGAAUCCUUUCGCCCAUAGAAUGUCGCUGUGUCCUUUGCAUGUGAAUGUCAGUGGAGAUUUUGGCAAAAAUAUCCAUAUCCAUCAAAUGUCUUUCAUUGAGCAUGAUAUUGCCCUGAAAAGUAGCCUAACUGCACAACGUUGCCCUGAGGCAACAAAAAUAAAACUAUAUUUGUUUUUUCAUAUAUAUAUAUAUAUAUAUAUAUAUAUAUAUAUUUCUGUUCAAAAAUCAAAUAUGCUUCUUCACAGGUUCCUACACAAUUAGAUAUUUUUAAUUGUCAAGUUAUCUCUAGUUAAACAUGCAAAAUAAUGAAAUGUAUUGUACACUUCAGUCACACCACGUGCUCAGGUUGCUCUGCUUCCUGAGAGAAGGUCCCUCCCCCAGUUGAUACAUCAUACCGAUUUCUGCACCUCAUUGGAUUGUUUACAGACAUGUCAUCACAUAUUAUCAUAAUAUGGGGAGGUUGAGGGGCAAAAAUAUUAUCUGUUGCCUAAAGGCAAUGAUGUGCAGUAGAGGGCUAGUUUUGGAAGCAGUAUAAGAAGGGAGUGGGGGGGGCUGCAAAAAAAUAAAAAAAAUAAAAAAAAGUGGUACUUGACAGGCUUUGCCAAGUUGCUCUUAGUCCUGAGCAAGCAGACCUUUUCCAGCUGUUGUCCAGUACUGUUCUGUGAAGCAGACUCUUCCAUAGGGUAGCCUGGGCUUGCGCUACAGUACAGUACAUUACAGUACAUUACAAGAUCCAGACACAGGCUACUAGUCUACUGCAUCCCACUGCUCCAAGACAAAGCCCACAUCUUAGACGCAAUGAAAACAACAGAGAAAAAACAAACAGACAAACUAAGAGAAGUGUUUUGCUUUUUUAAAAAUAUAUAUAGCUGGCUAACUAACUCAAAGACUCUGAGAUGUUUUUAUAGCAUGUCUGUAAGGGGCUUGUACUCCACCCUGAUUCUCCUGGUCCUCCUGUAAGUGAUCAUCCGGUCUGUGUGUGCUCGCUCUUCUCUUCCUCCUAUGCCUCUCCGUUUCUCUAUCCAGCAAAGUUAAACAGAGCUGCCAAUGUGAAGGAAUGAAAGUUGGGGCCAAACGUGUGGAGUUUUAUUUUUCAACAACGUUUGCUCCCCCAGUCUUGACUACAUGAGUUAGUAGGUACUGUUGGAAACUGGACUGAUACCGUCAGAGGGUUAAGGCAUAUUAUGGGAAAGGGUUGACUGAUUCAAAGAACAACUAUGGAAAAGUGUUCCAGUGGCUGUUGAUGAUACUGAGAGGUGCAGAGGUGACGACUGGCUGAUCUACCUGCUCCUGUGGUUUUUCUACCAUUCCGACUGGAAGUUCCCAUCGCAUGCCAAAGCAUGCCCAGUUCUUUUCUUCUCCUCCUCGCUUUUUUUCUUUACUUUUUGGGGGUCUGUUCGUUUUUGAGUUAUGUGGAGAAAAUAAUGAAAGUGUUUGAAAGAAAA